AUGUCAACAGCCAAACGACGUAGAGGGCACUCGCUUCAUCUUGAACUUCCCAAUCGCGAUGCAGAAGAACUGCCACCGGUUGCCGCCGUUUUCCUUAUUCUUUUCGACGUCAAGGCAGGUUACACGAUAGCAUGGAAGCAGUCGAUGCCUGGGUUAGAACUCAACGAGAGCGUGGAAUACAAAUCCCUCCCUUCUGGGCUACACAAUGUCCGAGAAGAUCUCAUAUACUUCGUCCACGACAACGGCUAUGCUGGCAUCAGUGCUUUCCUCAACGAGCCCGCCGAGGAGGCGGAUCGAAAUGCGCUCAUGCUGGCUGUAGGAGCACUGGUACCAUUGAGCUAUGGUAGGCUUGGGAAAAGCUGGAAACACGCCUCGGGAUUGAAAGAAUUGGCGAAGACCCUCGUCCAAGAUCCUACGAAGACCCAGCCACUGAAAGAUUUUUGGCUGGCACACAAGCUUCCAACUGAGGAAGACUCCCAGAAGGAAGCAGCAGAAUCACCUUCGGACGGACAAGCAAAGCGAAGACAAAGUCAAGGCUCGCCCAACGGCAAAACGCGCAAUCGCCAUCGUGCUGUCUCAACAGCGUCUGCUCUUGCCCCGCCAGGGCAAUCACUGUCGUCUCAUCAUCCAGCUCUUUCACUGCCUGUGUUACUAGACACUUUCGGGCCCCCUGAUAUUUCCUUUGUACAAGGCGGCGCUGUUACGGAAAAGAAUACUGUUUGUGGGCCAAGCGCCUGUUGA